UCGGCCCGGCCGCGGAUGGCGGACAGCGGCCCGGCGGGCGGCGCGGCGGUGGCGGCCCCCGGGGGGGGCGGCCCCGGCCCCCGCGUCUACUUCCAGAGCCCCCCGGGCGCGGCGGGCGAGGGCCCGGCCGGAGCGGAGGACGAGGGCCCGGUGCGCCGCCAGGGCAAGGUCACGGUCAAGUAUGACCGUAAGGAGCUGCGGAAGCGGCUCAACCUGGAGGAGUGGAUCCUGGAGCAGCUCACCGGCUUGUACGACUGUCAGGAAGAAGAAAUUCCUGAGCUGGAAAUUGACGUGGAUGAGCUCUUGGACAUGGAAAGUGACAGCACCCGGGCCGCCCGAGUCAAGGAGCUGUUGGUUGACUGUUACAAACCCACCGAGGCCUUCAUCUCUGACCUGCUAGACAAGAUCCGAGGGAUGCAGAAACUGAGCACGCCCCAGAAGAAGUGAGGCCCCACCCCUACCUUAAUCCCCUCGCCUGGGGUGAGAUGGGGGCUGGCCACCUGGACAAUCGCUGCCCACCCUACUCCCCCCAGACCUUGUAGCAACAGCAAUACUUGAGGGGGGGGCCCUGCUGCCUGGGCCUGGUGCCCCUUGGAGGGCCCCUAGAGCCCCUCCCUGCUCCCCCCUGAGUUUCCGUUUGGGGUUUUUUUAUUAUUAUUAAGCUGAGGGACUUUUUGUGUUUUUAUAUCGAUGGCCACGCGGGCCCUAGAAUAAAGCCAGGACCUGCCUUUUGUGCA